CCACGCACACCACAAGUCCCCUAAAGUUGCCGCACUUCCACUGCGGGGAUUCCCUCACCCACCGCCAUUGGCCCGCGCCGAGAAAAUAUCUCACCUGGGCCGAGGAGCCAAGCAAGGUUCCAAACAAUUCAUCGUCGCUCAUUCUCCCAAUUACCCUUCAAAAACAAUCUCCCUCCUUAACCUGCCGUCUUUUCCACCUGCGUCAUUCUCUCUCUCGCUCCUUCAACCUCGUUACCCUACCCGCCUGUUUUCCGGGAGUCACGGCUACUUGCUUGUACAUAUCCACUUAUAUACCUACAUCCAUACAUCCAUCCUCUUGUCUGUCUAUCUGUACAUCCCUCCCUCGGUCCAUUGCCGCGCAUUCGUUCCUUGUCCUGUCUGCAUGUAGCCCCGUCUGCUCUCUCCGCCAAUCGUUCCGUUUCCGGAACCCACGCCCAACACCACACCCUCCCAAUUCGCAAUCCUCAAUUGGAACUCAACACCCUCCCCGUCCGCCUGACACACGUAUCCCUCGCCUGUCCACAAUACAAGAAGGCCCCUCAUGUCUUCCUCUCCCGACCCCCACCAUGCCUCCGCGCAUUCCACCGCCGUCAUGCCCACCCACGACGAUCCCUCCUCGCUUGCCCAGCGCCCACCCUACAGAAGAAGUUACGGCACUUUCCCCUUCACCAACAGCGAACGCCGCAGGUUGUCUACGGAUUCUCAGCACUCGCGCCCAUGUUUGGAUUCGGAGAAUUUCCAUGCUCUGCUGGGAAACUUUCUCGCAGACCUCAACUGUCGCAUGGAUGCCAUUGAUUCCUCCUACGGUCACCUGCGCCUCGAUACCGGCGUCGAAUACGCAUACUCCACCCUGGUAGCCGUUCGCGAAUCGUGCUCCAAGAUUUCCGACGGCGCAAUCGAAGCUGGUCGCCGACAAGCCUCCGUGUUCGUUGAGACUCUGGAAAGCAGAUACCAGGAUGCGCUCGAGACCAAGGAAACUCUCGCAGAGAAAGUCGUCGAAGGAAUCGAGUUGAUGGAAGACUGGGUCACGGAUCUCGAAUCGAGGGUCUAUGCAAUUCGCGACGCCGGCUUGGAGACAGUCAACCACGAAUAUACCCGUGCAAAAGGAGUCGUCGACGCUGGAUUCGACAAAGCGAGCCGAGCAAAACAAUCCAUGGGCAUCAAGAUCGACCUUGCUGUGGAACGAGCCCUCUCGCGCGCACAAGAGCACGGCCUCAUCCACUUUGAAGAUCUACCCGAGCCCUGGCAAAUGAAUCCCUACGUCGUCAGUGGUUAUCGUUUCUGCGAGGGCCACUGGGCCUGCAUCAAGUCCAUUAUCGCCGUACACAACGAGUCCACAAACAUCUGGUCGCACCUCAUCGGUUUUGUUCUCGUCCUCGGCGUGGCCUUUUACCUGUAUCCGACUCACGUCAACUUCCAAUUGAGCACAAAAUCCGACGUCUUCAUUGCAGCUCUGUUCUUCUUUGCCGCGUGCAAAUGUCUCUUGUGUUCAUGCGUCAUGCACACCAUGAACAGCAUAUCGCACCAAAAGCUACUGGAGCGCUACUCAUGCAUCGAUUACACCGGCAUUUCGCUUCUGGUCGGCGCCUCCAUCAUGACGCUAGAGUACACGGCCUUCUACUGCGAGCCUACGUCCCGAACAGCAUACAUGUCCCUUACUGCCCUCCUCAGUAUCGGUGGUGUGUACCUCCCCUGGAACUCGACCUUCAACCGUAACGACUUGUCCUGGCUGCGUGUUGUCUUCUACGUCACUAUGGCCAUGACGGGCUUCAUCCCGUUCGGCCAGCUCGUCGCUACACAUGGCCUCGAGUACACGGCCGCUUUUUAUUCGCCACCUGUCAAGAGCAUGCUGGUCUACUUCUUCGGCGCUCUCAUCUACGCUGCCAGAGUUCCCGAGCGCUGGCUCCCUGGCCGCUUCGACUACCUGGGUGCCUCCCACAACAUCUGGCACGUGGCCGUCCUGGGUGGUAUUAUCCUCCACUACUUCGCCAUGCAGGAGAUGUUCUCCCAGGCCCAUGACUGGUCACACAUCCACUGUCCCAUCACCAACUAA